AUGUCGGUCCGCAUUCAAUUUGACGAGCCCGUACAGAGGUGCUACACAAAUCUCGACUUCCUCUCCGGCACCGUCAUCCUCAUCCUCCCCAACGAUGCCACCAUCUCCGCAGUUACGGUCAAGCUCGAGGGUGAAAGUCGGACUCGGCUUGCUGUGCCCAAGUUCCCCAACAAUGAGCGCUCGGACAAGAAGAGGACAGAGCUAGAACUGCACAAGCUUUUGUAUAAAGUCAUCACCCUCUUCCCGACACCCGAGCUUCAAGAAAGAAGUAGCGGUGCUGCGUACACCCUCCUCGCCGGGCAGUACAUCUAUCCGUUCGAGUUCAAGAUCCCUAUCAAUAACGACUGCCAAAAGAAUCCUAGUCCCCUGAAAGACAUUAAACUUGGUCAUGUGAAUGUUCAGUUCGCACCCGACACCACAAGACAUGUGAAGAAGACACUGCCGCCCUCACUGGGUGGGUUCUUUCCUGGUGAAGCGGAAAUCAAGUACUAUGUGAAGGCGACUGUCGUCCGCCCUAAAUUUUUCCAGGAGAAUAUCAGAGCGAUUGCCGAUUUCUAUUUUCUACCGAUCGAGCCGCCUCGGCCUGCCAAUCGUCAUGAGGAGACGUUUGCAAGGCGAAAGAGACAAUUCCAGAGAUACCCGGCCGAGUCGCAGAAAAGGAUUUCUGGCCUGUUCGGUAGAAAAUCUUCGCCCGCCACAUCCGCUGAGGAGGAGCCUCCCGCCUUUCAGGUCGAUGCCCGUCUUCCCAGUCCUGCCAUCAUCACCUGCAAUGAAGCCCUACCGCUCCGUAUAUUGGUUGAGAAGCUUAAUGACAGCUCAGCCACCGCCUACCUCAAGAUGUUGCAGAUUGAACUGAUAGGCUACACGCAGGUCAGGGCUCUUGACCUGGAGAGAACUGAAACCACCAAGUGGCCACUGAUAUCACAGGCGAACAUGAACAUGCCUCUUGGAAACCCUUCUGAUAAAGGCCAGAAAGAGUGGAAACUCCCUUCUCGGCUGUGGGAGGAUUUCCCACUCCCCAAUACUGUGUGCCCUACAUUUGAUACCUGCAACAUCUCUCGGCGGUAUGAACUAGAGGUCACGGUUGGUUUAGCACAUGCUGUGGCUAGUGGCGUACGACCCGAACUGAUGAUCUUUCCAUUGCGUCUACCGGUUUUGGUCUACUCUGGCAUCCCUCCUCCUCCGGCGCUGUUGAAGGCCAUGGCCAACAAUCCUCGUCCUCAACCUGCCCUUUCACAUCUGGCUCCACCGAGGCCGCCCGAGCUGAACGGCAUGUCUUCACAACCGGUCACUCCAUUAGAGACGCCGACAACCCCUUUGUCUGAGAUCAACUCGUACCCUGCUCCAGUGGGCUCCUACCACCCGCAUGAGCAAUCAGAUAUCCCUGACGACGCCCCACCCAGCUAUGAAGACGCUAUGGCCGAGGAUAUUGCCCCCGUCGAUGGCCCUCGACGGGAGUACCACGUGCCACCGGAACCCGAAGCUCAGCGGCCAGCCUUCAACCCCGACGCAAAAGGUACCGGGCUUGCCCGACGGGUCAGUGAGCGACUAUUUUCCGGAGGCGAACCAGUCAGCCCUACGAGGACAACUUCUAUGGCAAGUGCACCGCAAGGCCUGGCGAUGGUUGAGGACGAAGAUCCCGGGUCCCCAAGCUCACCGUCCGGAGGAAGUUCAAGCCGGAUGUCUAACUGGAAGAGGAGUUUCAGUGGUCGGAAGGAAUAA